AAUUGUGGGAAAUUUUAGUCGCCAUAUUUGUUUUCUGUUGAAAGUGUAGUGAGAGUGCGAAAAAAAUCUGCCUAUGCUUUCUACGUUUGUAAUACAAGGAGAUUGACAGUGUAUUUAACGAAUGCUGUAAGAAACAUUUUUUGAGAAUUUACAAUCGAAGUGGGUGUUUGUGAAUUAUUACUAAAUGAAAAGACAGAAACAAAUUCCAAGUAAACACUUUUUAUCCAUGUGCAUUUGAAUUGUGACAGAUUAUUUUUCACACGGCGGGAAAACGUUUCAGUUGUAUGUGUCAAGCAUUUGUAUUCUAUGUAAGAGUUUAUAAGCAAGUUUACAGUGUACAAGAAAAUACGUAUUGUCUUUCAGGAACAAUUUAUUCGUGGAAGACAUAGUAAGAACGUCAACUAUUUCAGGAGAAGACAACCUCAAGGCCAAUCAGUGAAGACGACCAGAUGACGAUAGCAUGGCAGUUCUGACGAUUUAUAAUCUUUGAUAUGAUUUCUUAUUUGUCCAAAACCCUCUCAAGAAUCAACAAUUUUUAGCGGAGAGUAAAUGGGGAAGAUAUGUAAGAAAUCAUGACCAGCUAGUACAUAUUUCACCAGAUUUGGACUGUUUUGUUUUUUGAUUUUUUUUUAAAUUUUGCAUAUAUACAAUUAUGAGUACAUGACUGUGGCAAAAUAAGUGAGCGAGGAUUAUCCUCUUAGGAUAAGUGCCACGGCAUUUGUCUUUGCGUGGUAUGGUUGAUAACGUUUGAAGUCUAUUGAUUUGUGAGUGUUGAAAUCCCAGAGUGCUUGUGUUGUUUAAAAAACUGAUCACAUUGUGCAAGUGCCUUACAUGUUGGAACUUUCAUGAAAUAUUUGGAAGUGCAUCGUAGAAAAAAAAGAGGGUUUGGUGAUCAUUGUGGACACGGUUUACAUCAAAGCCCAUUCAUCAUGAUGAUGUGAUGGCAGCUCACAACGCUCCAAAGCACGACUUUGCACCAGCCUGGCUCAAGAUUCCAUCACAGGAGAAUCCUAUGAAUGGUGCCUAUCCAGGAUACUAUGAUCUCUAUGCUGGUCCAUUUGACUACUACGGAGAGCAGCCAUUCUUUAGUAGUUAUCCCAGUAACAGAAAGAAAAAUCAUUAUGAGAAAGAAGGAAGGUCCAAUUCUAAAGAGGGAAAAGAGAAGGAUAACAGUGAGAGGUCGAAGGCAAAGGAAGAAGAGGACGGAGAAAAACCAACAUUUCAGGAAGACUUUCCCUCACUCAAUGGGGAUGAAAGUGGCGAGAAAACCAGCAAGACAGCAAAUGGUGGGAGUGUCUGGGAACAUCCUCCUCAUGGGAAAAACAGUGCUUCUAAAUUUGGAGAGCGUGGACCAUCAUCUAACAUUUAUAAAUCAUUAGUGCCAAAUAAGCUCCAGGGUUCCGUGAAUAGAAAACCAAAGGAGAAUGUCCGCUUUAAUGGGGGAUUUUCAAGUAGCAGCAAACCACUCACUCCCCCUGGAAUUUCCCCGAGUAAAGAGGGAUCACAGCAGUCUCCAACACCUCCUAUGGAGAUUCUGAAUACCCGCCUUGUAACACAGCCAAGAAAUCUCGGCGACAAGAAAAGUGAAUUUCUACGAGCUCUGCGGCGAGAAAAUUCAGGGUAUUCACCAGAUGAUGCACAAAGAGCUGGAAGAAAGGUAAAGGGAAAAAAGCGAUGGGUACAUGUCUCUUAA